UUCCGCAUUCCUCGCAUUCAAGAUGGCCGCCUGGUGCUAACAUUUUUCGACGAUGCUCAGAGUUUCUUGCUCUGCAAACUCUUUUUCUUGCCUUCCUCGCUACACCCUUAGUUUUCUGAAAUGAGCUGACGAACGGACAAUGCCGAGACCCAUCAGAAGUAGAAGUGUCCGUGGGGCGACCCCAGACAACGUGGCAGUGGCUGCCAAGAUAACUGACCUGGAGAAGAGAAGAGGCAUCACCAACUACUAUGUUUACGUGACGGAGGUGACCCUGAACAAUGGCAGUUCCUACCAGAUCUUCCGUCGGUACAGCCAGUUUGAUUCACUACAGGUGUAUCUGCUGGCCAGGUUCCCGAUUGAAGCCGGGGACAUCGAUGAAAAGGACCGCGUCCUCCCUUCACUACCUGGAAAGAUCUACUUUGGCAGAAGUGCCAUCCGUGAGGUGGCAGAGAGACGUCUGCCUGAGCUGAACAAGUACAUGACGGAGCUGUUGUCCCUGGACCCUAAGAUUUCCCGCGAUCCGGACGUUCGUCUGUUCUUCAGUCAGACGGAGAGCGACGUUCUCGCCCUGGAGAACCGUGAGAAGCAGGGCAUCGUGGGUAGCGCUCAUCAGACGAGUCUGAAACCUUCUCUCAACUCCAAUGGUGCAAACAAAACUUCUCCAAGAUCCAAAGUGAAACCAUUCCGUCCCAGACCACCUGUUCCUAGACGGCCAUCCAAACCCCCGUCUAUUGUCAAAGGUCCCAGGGCUAAGGUUCUGUAUCCGUUUGAGGCCAGAACUGAAGAUGAGCUGUCGCUGACUGCCGGUACUACAGUCAGUCUCCUGCACAGGGUCAACCAGGACUGGAUAGAGGGCAGAUACAACAUGAAGACUGGACUGUUCCCUGCUGUGUAUGUGGACAUCAUCGAGGAUCUGGAUGAAGACCAGGAGGAGGGAGAGGAUGAGUGGGAUGAUCCAGAGCCGGUCGCUGUGAUUCGCUGUCACUACUCGGGUGGAGUCAGGGACAUUGAAGUACACCCAACCUUUGUUGAGAAGCCAGCAUACAACGAACUGCUAACUUUAGUCAGACAAUCCCUGAAUCGUCAGGAUCUGGUGAUGAACUACCUGGAUCGCGAGGGGGAUCUGAUCCGGAUCAAGGAUCAGGACGAUGUGGAUCUGAUGAUCGACCAGUCACAGAAGAAGACGUUACCCCGUCAGCUAAGCCGUCAGCUGAGCAGCAGUCUGUACGUCCCGUGGGAGGUCCACGCGACCUUGGAGAAGGACUACUCUGUCUAUCACGUCAAGGUCAUGUCUCCCAGAAGGCCUGAACAGAAUCUACAGCCAACCAGUCCAGUAUGGCACAUGCCAGAUUGAUGUAGAAAGCUGACUACCAACUGGCCACUAAAAUUACUUCAUAGAGCAGUAUUAAUAUAAAUUUUAAUAUGGAUUUUCAUAUGGAUAUCAACAUAUCAUUUUUGACAACCAUUAUCUAACACAAAACAAAAUUAACAGUAGGGUAUAACUGUCCAAUAGUAAUAUAUCAUCAUCAGAAAUUAUAUAUCAUUAAGUAAUAUCACAGUAAUGUAAAACAAUGCAACAAGGUAUUUUUUUUCAUCUGGAGCUGUGUUA